AUGGGGUCAUAUAUGGAUUCCUUUUUUCUACAAUAUUGGUAUGUUGUUUUUUUGCUAAAAAAUACUAUAUUUUGGAGUAUAUCUGAUGGGAAAUAUAAAUAUAGUACAGUUUGCGACCGUCAAAUCAAAAAUCCGUAUAGUUCUUUGCUUUACUGUUCAAAUGAGUGUAGGAUGAAAGAUGCACAAAGUGAUUCUCGUGAUUUUUCUGUUUCAUCUAAAAACUCUUCAUUUUUAUCCACUGUUUACAAAACUUCAUCGUAUACGACUGUUAUACACUUCUAUCCAUCUAAUUUGCUUCAUAGAUCUAUGUUUUCUCCAAGCAGUUCCUUUGUAAAACGUGCUUUUUCUGUUUGUGAGUCUGAGGAUACAAAUGAAUGUGAAUUUCCAUGCAAAUUUACUUCAUUAACUACUCCUGUUUCAUUAACAAGUCAUAAGUCAAACGGUAAUAGGUCUUCUUCUCCUAUUUACCAUACGGACUCGUUUUCGUCUUUAUCUAUACGGUCUGUUGAGUUAGUUACGCCUGUUAUUUCAACUAUAAAAACUCAAGAUAUGGAAAACAAGUUGGGUACACAUCGGACUGAGUUAACAUACCCAACAAAAUUGGCCGGAUCAAUUUAUAAUACAGAUGGGCCUGGGACGGGUAUUCGGAAGCUGUUUUAUUUUGCAAAUUCACCUUGUUAA